AGAGAAUUGAUAUUUAAGUGGUUUGCUUUGAAGUAGGAAAACCGAAAAUUUAUUCAAACGGAUCACGAUGAGCAAACGAGCAGCAUUUUGGAAAUCGAAACUCUAUGAAUUUCACUCGCAUUUCUUCAAUCGCCCCAUAAUUGUUUACCGGCCGCCGCCGCAGCACCGCCGUAUCCACCUCCUGACUGCGAAAACACUCUUCCGCCGUCUCUACUCCGCCAGAGCUGCACUGUCCCAAUCCCAGCCCCAACUCUCCAACGAUCUCAUCAACAUCAUGGAACACAAACUAUCAGCUAUUGAAAAUCGACAUGCUCAAUUAGAGGCGAUUCUCAACCAGCCGGAUGCCUCGCCCGAAGAGUAUUCGACGGCCAACAAAGAGCUGAAGAAGCUCCGGCAUACGAUUGAUGUGGUGUCUGAAUUGAGAAAGAAGCAGCAGGAGAUUGGGGGCCUAAAAUCACUGAUUGACGAAGCUGAUGAAGACAAAGACAUGCGUGAAAUGGCUGCUGAUGAAUUGGGGCAGGCCUCUCAAGAAGAGGAGCGUCUGCGGUAUAUGCUGCUCAAGUCAUUACUACCGAAGGAUGAUGUCGAUGAACGUGACUGCAUCCUGGAAGUCAGAGCAGGAACUGGAGGGGAAGAGGCUUCUUUAUUUGCGAUGGAUAUCUUUAAAAUGUAUGAGAAGUACUCACAGAAUAAGGGUUGGAGGUUUGAAGUUCUUGGUGUGGCAGAAUCCGACAUUAAAGGUUAUAAGGUUGGUCGAGUAUCCUUUAGAUUCCAUGUUGCCUACGACUGUUUUUUUCAUAUUUUCAGCGUCACACGCUAUUGUUCUUCGAAAUGUUCUAUGAUUCCUCAGGAGGCUAGUGCCGCAAUCUCUGGUGCUGAUGUUUAUGGAAAGCUGAAAUUUGAGAGUGGAAUUCAUAGAGUGCAGCGAGUUCCGAUGACUGAGAAAUCUGGGCGAGUUCAUACCAGUGCCGUAUCUGUUGUUAUUCUUCCUCAAGCAGAUCAGGUGGAUGUCCAAAUCAGGAAUGAAGACCUAAAAAUUGAUACAUACAGGUCUGGUGGUUCAGGUGGUCAGAGUGUAAACACCACUGAUAGUGCCGUCAGGAUUACUCAUAUACCAACUGGUUUAGUAGUUGCCAUACAGGAUGAGCGAUCCCAACAUCAGAACAAGGCCAAAGCACUUAAAGUAUUGUGUGCGAAGUUAUAUGAGUUGGAAAGGACUCGGCUUGAUGCAAAUCGUUCAAAACUUAGAACAGAGCAGAUUGGUAGUGGCGACAGAUCAGAACGCAUCCGCACAUAUAAUUUCCCUCAAGGUCGUGUAACUGACCAUCGAGUUGGCAUCACUAGUCACGCAAUAGAUGAUAUAAUGGAGGGCGAGGAUCUAGACACAUUUGUUGAUGCUCUCAUCUUGCAACAAGAAAUGGAUGCCAUUGCAUCUUUCACUUCUACAUAGCAACCGAAGAGUUAAACUGGCUUUUACUACCUUCCAUUUGCAGUUGCAGAUUCUCUGGGACCAACCAAAGAUCCAUGUUUCGACCCGCAACUGCUUAAUCUUGUAUUCUACUGCGAAUAGAUUUGCCCGACCUAAAAGAUAAGUUAGUUGGUCUGAGAUUGCAAUUUGGCAACCACCUCCUGUUAGAUAUUGAUGGUGGUUUUUCCAUGUUUUGACAGAUGCUUUCAAGAUCGAACAUUUAGCUAGAGAAAUAACUAGAAUAUCAAUAUAUCAGAUGAUGUUGUUUGUGGCUUUAUGGCGGAAAAAUAAUUAUAUUGGGGAAAAGCAAGCUUGCUUGCUUACUUUUUUUUUAAAAUAAUGUUGUAUGCAGUGCUAA